CCAUCCUCACACACGCACAGCACCCGCUUCGCCGCCGUGCGCACCCUCUCUCGCCCUCCGCCUAUCCUUACCCGCCCGCUGCACUGCUGCUGCGCCGAGCGAUCCUGUGGGCAGCGGCCAGCGCGGCGCACGGCCAGAGCGUCGUCCACUCCUUCGCGCACAGCGCAGCCAGGCUGCGAAGCAGCGCCAGACGCAUCGCUCUGCCUGCCACUUCAGCACCGCGCCUGCGAGUAUCGAGCUGCUGAGCGCCGCACGCUGCCUCGAGCGCUUGCUCUCGCCUGGCUGCGUGCCGCAUCGUAGCCGAUGCACUCGCCGCGCCGCGCACAUGCCUCGUCGCCGCUCGCAGGCGCCGACAUGACCGCUCCCGGCAGCGUCAAUGGCGGCUACGUCGGCAAGAUGGGCGCUCCGGCUGCCAAUGGCAACGGCGACCUGCCGGCGCUCGGCAUGCCGCCGCCUGCCAGCAUGCUGGCGCCGGCCGCAGCGGCCAAUGGUGCACACACCUGGCCCGAGGCAGGGCCCUCGUCGCUGCAAAAGCCAGGCGCCGGCGCAGCCAGCGAGGCCGCUGCGCUGCUGCUGCGCACUGAGCGGGCGCGCAAGAAGGCUCGUCUGCGCCAGGCCGAGGGUAUCAGCCGCGAGGAGCUCGAGCGCGAGCUCAUCCCCGAGACGGAGGGCCUGGUGCCGCUGGGCGCCGUCGUCGCACGGCUUGCCAACUACGGCUUCGAGACCUUCACAAACCUCUCGGAGACGCUGCCUACGCUCUCCUCCGCCGAGCGCCGCGCCAAGAUCUUCGCCGCGGCGCUCGACGUGCGCAAGCAGCUCGUCAAGCUGCUCGUGCUGGUGCAGUGGAGCAAGUCGGCGCCGGAGCUGAUGGUUGCGCGCAACCUCAUCGCGCUCAUCUGCGGGCAGUUCGGACAGGCGCAGGAUGCCGCAGAUGCGCUCAUCGAGGUGCGCAACUCGCUGCCCGCGGCUCGGAUACGCACAGCCGACUUGGCGUCGGCCAUCGACGUGCAGGGCUCUGGCGAGUACCCACGGCUCCCUUCGGCGCUCAAGGAUGCGUACGUGCAGCCGGCGCCCUUCUCGGAUACAGAGGCGCUGGCCAUCGUGCGCGAGCUCGACACUGCGCUCUGCUUGCGGCUCGCCACAGUCGAGGUGGUGCCCCUGCAGAUGUCCGACUACUCAAUAGCGGACGGCCGCGCGUCGUUCUUCGUCUCGAAGCUCUUCGAGGCGAGGCUGACGCUGUCUGGCGCCGACGAGACAGACCGCUGGUAUCUGCUCGACGUGCUGUUCGACUUCCGCAUCACUGGUGCAGGCGCAGACAUCUUCCCUCGGCGGCCGAAGAAGCACGCGCGCGCCACGCUGCUCGCUCAGACAGACGCUGAGCUCACGCCGCGCUCGCCCGCGGCGGCGCUGGAGGGCGCGAAUGAGCCAGAAGGAUCCGCCGCCGAGCGGCAGGAGGGCGAUGCGGCGUCGGAAGCUGGCGACUUCCGGCGCAGAGACGCACCUCUGAUCCGCGCCUUCAACUUCCUGCAGAGCCAGGCGCUCGAGUACCAGCUCGACAUCCUGAACUACCAGGCCGUGCAGCUCUCGCGCGUCUCCUGGGCGCCCACGCUGACGGCCGGCUUCGAGCCGAUCCUGCGGCAAGGCGACCCGCGCACGCUGUCGCUGGCGUACUGGCGCAACCGCGCCGGCCCCAGCACGGCGCCGCCGCCCAAGCUGGGCCAGAAGGUGCUGUGGAACCCGCUGGCCGGCGGCAGCAUCAGCAUCCGCGUGCGCGACCGCACGCGCGCGACUACCGCGGGCAAGAGCGCGCUCCUGUCUCGCCUGCUGUGCCGCGACGUCGCGGCAGUAGAGGCCACACCGGGACAGGAGCUCAAGGAGCAGGAGCUCAACGUCGAGUGGAAGGUGGCCGCCGAGCUGGAGCAGCAGCUCGAUGUCGGCUGCCUGACGAUCGAUGCGCAGCACCUGGACAUUGAGACGGUGCUGCUGGCUGCGGUCUCGCGGCAUGCUGCUGCCGCCAUCUCCGAGCUGCGCAGCCGCGUGUUGAAGAGUCCCUUGAGGCGGAUCCUCACCGAGGUGCGCUGUGUCUCCGAGGCACAAACGCAGCACGGACGGCCGUCACACGUGCUGCAGCUCCCGCUGCAUGAUCGUCUGCGAUUGCUCUUGCGGCUCGAUGCGAUCUCCGGACGGCUCUCGCUGGAGCGCAGCAAGGAGAGCGCAGAGGCAGAUGGGCCGGUAGCGCUGUCUGCCGAGACGCUCGCGCGCGACAGCGCCACGAAGCGCCUGCAGGAGGCCUCCGUCCUCGUCAACGACGAUCCGAAGCUCCUCGUGGAGGUGCUGAUGCGCCAGCGCAUCCUCGCGAUCCUCGACGACCUCGAGCAGAAGGCGACGUAUCUUGGCCUGCCGUGCACACGCCGCAUGCCGCUGCGCCCUACCGAGUACGCCAAGCUCGGCGCUCAGGUGUCGCUGCUCUACGUGCCGCUGGUGCAGUGCCCGAGCUACUACCUGGUGCUCAACAUCGGCGAGGCUUCGAUCAGAGCCGGCCUCAUGUGCGCCGGCACGUUCAUCGAGGGUGCCAUGACCGUCAUGGCCGUGCACUCCGUCGAGUGGCUGGACCGCGAGCGGCUCGGACGCGCGGGCGCCCUCGGCAAGCGGAAGCGCGACAUGGCUACUGCCGGAAUGCAAGCUGCACUGGAUCUGAGCAUCGAGGAGCUCUCCAUGAUGCACCGCUACAGUGUUGCUCUGGUCUGCUACCACCAGGUCGAGCAGCAGCUGCGCGCCCGCGGCCUGCCCUUCGUGCACGUCGGUGCGGCCACAUCGACGUCCUCGCCGCCGAUGGCGCGCCCGUCCGCAGCAGCAGGACCGAGCAAGCCCUCAGCCGACGCCGCUGUGCCGAGUCUGUGCUUGCGCGCAGAGUCGCUUCUGGGCCCGACGCGCGCGCUGGUGAAGCGCAACGUCUCGCUGCGCCUCGUCGACUGGUCGGACCGCAUGCGCUGCCGCGUCGAGAUCUCUGUGCGCCUGCGCAAGGCGCUCGGCAUGGCCAGCCGGCGCAUCACCGUCGACGAGGCGACGGGUGACUCGCUCGAGUUCAGUCGCGAGACGCUCGUCCUGACCUUCUCGACGCGCAUCAUCAGCGACUGCCUCUCGCGCUUCUUCGCCGAGUGGAACCGCAUUGCGCGCGUGACGAUGCUCGCUCGCGACGUGGCGCGCGCCGGCCGCUCGGGCAAGGGCAAGGGCCGCCUCGAGCUGCGCAGCUUCGACCCCGAGCGCGUUGUCUUUGCCUAUGACCACGGCCUCACGGCUGUCAUCCGCUGGCAGCCCUCGCUGGCGCAGAUGGGCAACAGCUUCUAUGCGCUCGAGCUGUCUAGCGACGACGAGACACAGCCAAACCCGCACCGCCUUGUCGCUGCGUCGCUGCAGCGCAUGCUUAACGGCAUGCAUGACGGCUCAUCGAGCUUCUGGCCAUCUUUCAUCCAACUGUUGCACGACACGCUGCCCGUGCUGCGCGUGCUGGCACCUCUCGCAGACACCUGUCUGACCGACGCAGACUGCCCCGAGCCCGAGUUCCGCAGUGCCACCUGGAUCCGCCUGCACUUCUUCGGCCACUUCGUACUCGACAUCCGCUUCCUGCGCAACUCAAAAGUCCUGUUUUCUGACGGGGCACUCCCGCUGGCCGUGUGCGCUCCGCCGGACGCCCAACAGCCGCUCGCAAAGAAGGAGGAGGAUGCCGCGGCUGCUGCUGCGCCGAAGGCCGACCUCUCUCAACCGCCGCGGGCACCGCGUUCAUCUAACCUAGACCAGGCCACCAAGGAGGACUUCGCUGCGCUGCCGCAGAUCUUCAACCCUAUACCACGCUUCGGCGACAUCGCCGGCCGCGUCGUGCGCCUCGUCACCGCGCCGCAGCCCUCUGCGCCCGCCGCCACAGCCGGCGAGGCGCCCGCCGCUCGCGACCCGCUGGCCGCCAUCAACCUCGGCCGCGCGGUGCUGUGCGACUGCGCAGACGACGUUGCGCGCCCGGUCCUGCAGUCGCUGCUCGACCAGAUGCGGCAGGCGCUCGCUGCCGAGCCCUCCGCAGCCGCCUGAGCGGCCAUCACCUGUACAGAAUGCAUGC